AUGUCUGUGAAUCGAAAGCCUCCUGCUUCGAAUGGUAGAUUACAAUCGAAUAUGAAGUCUUGGAAGGUGAAUGAGCCUCUGCAUGGGUCUAGUUCUCCCAGGACAUGUAGGAGAAAACCCUUCCUCAUUUGGUUCUUUGGCUUUGUUGCCAUGGGGAGUGUUUGGUUCAUCUUGAGUUUCAAUACUAACUAUUUGGUGAACAAGGAGAAUGAAGCAAUUUGUGAGAAGAGAGCAGGAAUCUUGCUACAGCGGUACAAUGUUAGUAGGGAACAGAUUUAUGCUUUGGCCUCCUUGUUCCCUGGAUCAGAUCAGAUUUUAUUCAACUGUAUUGAUGAAAGAAGACUUCGGAUGCUGUUAAGUAGCGGCAUGGUCAGCACUCCACAGUUAAUGUGUCCAGAGAAUCAGGAGUUAAGAACGGAGCAUCUUAGUGUAGCGGACACUGUAGAACCUAUAGAGCAAUGUCCAAUUCUCAAUGAUUAUGUCCAGGCAAGGAUUGAAUUAUCAUUCCCAUUCAAAAAUUAUGUAUCAUUGUCCUCGGGCACUUCACUUUCGACUGAUUUGGUUAGUUAUUUCUUCCGUGGAAAGAACAUUGUGCAACCGUGGGAAAUGAGGGUAUCUGCAAUUUGGGGUCAUGUGAGUUCAUCUAAUUUAACUAAAGGAUUCUGGUGGGUCCUCACUGGAAUUAUAAUAUCCUACUUCUGUUUACUACGGAGGAGUCAAAAGCAGAAGAUGGUUCAGGGGCAUCCAGCUCCACAACAAAAGCGGCUGAAGCAUUUUCCACGGGGUCCAUCAAGGGGUGCUGGGAGGUGGAGGAAAAAAUUACUUGUUGUAUUUGUGUCACUUGGAAUAAUUGGGUCCUUUUGGUUAUUUUGGCACCUAAAUAAUGACAUCAUGCAGAGAAGAGAAGAAAUGCUAACCAAUAUGUGUGAUGAGAGAGCCCGAAUGCUGCAAGAUCAGUUUAAUGUGAGCAUGAACCAUGUUCAUGCUCUGGCUAUCCUUGUAUCCACAUUUCACCAUGGUAAACAUCCUUCUGCAAUUGACCAGAAAAUUUUUGGAGAAUAUACAGAGAGUACAGCAUUUGAAAGACCACUUACUAGUGGUGUUGCUUAUGCUUUGAAAGUUCUUCAUUCUGAUAGGAUGCAUUUUGAGAGGUACCAUGGGUGGACAAUUAAGAAAAUGGAAACAGAGAAUGAGGCAUUAGUCCAAGAUUGUAUUCCUGGAAAUUUGGAUCCAGCACCCAUUCAAGAUGAAUAUGCACCAGUGAUAUUUGCUCAAGAAACGGUUUCCCAUAUUGUAUCUAUUGACAUGAUGUCGGGGAAGGAGGACCGCGAGAAUAUUUUGCGAGCAAGGGCAUCUGGAAAGGGCGUUCUGACAUCCCCUUUUAAACUACUAAAGUCCAAUCACUUGGGUGUUGUACUUACAUUUGCGGUCUAUAACACUAAUCUUCCUUUAGAUGCUACACCAGAGCAACGUAUUGAAGCAACUGUGGGGUAUCUGGGUGCAUCUUAUGAUGUUCCAUCAUUGGUGGACAAACUUCUGCAUCAACUUGCCAGCAAGCAAACCAUUGUUGUAAAUGUUUAUGACACAACUGAUGCAUCUGCACCUAUCACAAUGUAUGGUACUGAUGUUACUGACACUGGCCUACUACACAUAAGCAGCCUAGAUUUUGGGGAUCCGCUCCGAAAACAUGAGAUGCACUGCAGGUUCAAGCAGAGGCCUCCACUACCUUGGACAGCAAUCAAUGCAUCAGGGGGGGUGUUUGUUAUUACUUUGCUGGUGGGUCAUAUCUUUUAUGCAGCAAUAAAUAGAAUAAUAAAAGUUGAGGAUGGCUAUCGUGUAAUGAGUGAGCUGAAAAGCCGUGCUGAGGCUGCAGAUGUGGCAAAAUCCCAGUUUCUUGCUACAGUUUCACAUGAGAUAAGGACUCCAAUGAACGGUGUUUUAGGCAUGCUGCAAAUGUUGAUGGACACCGAGCUUGACAAAAAACAGAUGGAUUAUGCUCAAACUGCACAUGAUAGUGGUAAAGAUCUCAUAUCAGUCAUAAAUGAGGUUCUUGAUCAGGCUAAGAUUGAGGCUGGAAAGCUUGAACUUGAAGCUGUAGCUCUUGACCCACGUGCUAUUCUGGAUGAAGUUUUAUCUCCUUUCUCUGAAAAAUCUAAAGGAGUAGAGCUGGCUGUUUAUGCAUCCAAUCAAGUACCGCAAGUUGUAAUUGGUGAUCCUAAACGAUUCCGGCAAGUAAUUACAAAUCUUGUCAGCAAUUCAGUCAAGUUCAAUCAUGAUAAAGGACAUGUGUUUGUCUCUGUUCAUCUGGCAAAUGAAGUGAAGAAUCCACUUCAUGUUAUGGAUCCAGUGCUGAGUGAAGGCAUAAACAUCAAUCAAGAUGUAUCAAACAGAACAUAUGAUACAUUAAGUGGGUUUCCUGUAUGCAACAAAUGGAAAAGUUGGGCAAAUUUUGAAAAGUUAAGUAGAGUAGAUGAUCCUGAUAUUAUUCAAUUAUUAGUAAUAGUUGAAGACACAGGUACAGGAAUUCCUACAGAUGCACAAAGCCGCAUAUUCACGCCUUUUAUGCAGGCUGAUAGUUCCCCCUCCCGAACGUAUGGUGGAACUGGAAUAGGACUGAGCAUUAGUAAGUGCCUAGUUGACCUCAUGGGAGGAGAAAUUGGAUUUGUAAGUGAGCCUGGAAUUGGAAGUACAUUUUCCUUUACUGGAACUUUCAGAAAAGGAGAAAGCAUUUCUCUGGAUGCAAUGUGGCAUAAUAACAGUUUUGGUUCAGAGUUCCAAGGAUUGAGAGCAUUAGUGGUAGACAGAAGAAAAAUCCGAGCUGAGGUCACAAGAUAUCAUCUGCAGAGAUUGGGAAUGUCUGUGGAUAUAACUAAUAGUCUGAAUUCUCAAUGCUCUUGUCUAUCUAGUACUUGCGACAUGAGUAUGUCAGGCCAGUUGGCCAUGAUUUUGAUAGACAAGGAUGCUUGGGACAAAGAAUGUCUUAUCUUAUGCAAAAUCAAGAAGCUUAGACAGAAUGGCAUCAAAAGGGAUCCAAUAGACUUACCGAAGAUUUUUCUCCUGGACACCCACCCUCAAACCGACGAACAUGAUGAGCUAAAGUCGGUUGGUAUCAUAGAUGAUGUACUGAUGAAGCCUCUUUGGCUUAGUUCUUUGGUUCACUCUUACAGAGAGUCCCUUGGUGCUGAAAAAAAUCAAGUACAUAGGAAGAAAGUAUCCAAACUUGGGAGUUUAUUAAUGAACAAACAAAUUUUGGUGGUUGAUGAUAAUGCAGUGAACAGAAGAGUUGCAAAAGGCUUUCUACAGAAAUAUGGCGCAAAAGUUACUUCUGUGGAGAGUGGCAUGGCUGCUCUAAAGGUGCUUAAAGUGCCACAUAAUUUUGAUGCUUGUUUCAUGGAUCUCCAAAUGCCAGAAAUGGAUGGUUUUGAAGCAACAAGGGAAAUCCGCAGAAUGGAGAGAGAGGUAAAUGAGGAACUUGCAUGUGAGCAAUCAUCUGCAGAGAUGUAUGGAAACAUAUCUUAUUGGCACAUUCCAGUACUAGCAAUGACAGCAGAUGCAACUCAAAGUUCAAAUGAAGAGUGCAGAAACUGCGGAAUGGAUGACUACGUGACAAAGCCAUUUGAAGAAGAGCAGCUUUAUAUGGCAAUGACACGAUUCUUCCAACCAGAUUCAUAGUGUGGAGUGUCUAGGUUAAAAAUGAUUGAUUAGUAGUUCAGAUACCUGCUGACAAGUGUUGACCAACCUCAUGCAACAUGUCAAAUGUCAGUUUUCCAUUAAAAGAGCUAGCGGGUGGAUUAAUUCUGGCUAGUUAUGUUCAGAUAUUGUAAUGGUUGGACAUGCCCCAGCCAGCAUCAAAGCUUUCAAUUCUGCAUAAUGGAUCUCAGCUAUGGUAUUGUUUACUGAUAGAUGCUGAGUUCAAGUUCAAGAUGUUAUCACUUAUUGCAGCCCAGGAGAUCAACAGAAGGCAUAAUUGCAUUGGUGUAUAUAACCUGUUUUUGGUUCCUGCCUCUCAUCUCUGAUUAUUCUUUGUGUAUAUUUAUCCAGAGCAAUUAGAUUAAGAUAAAAUGUUACAGUAACGACAUCAUUGAUUCAAUUUUUGUGGCCAAGAUGAAAAAAAGGGUGAAAGAUCUUUGAACCCUCAGAAUUUUGUAAGUAACUUGUAAAGGAAAGUUAUUAUUACAUGACACCGGUAGAAUGGCAUAUGUAACAAUAUCAAUAUUUUGUGACUACGGAAAUUUCAACUUGUCACUGAGUUGUAA